AAACCUACAGUCGGCAGUUCCACAGCCCAAAUCAAAUCAAAUCCCUAAACCCUCUGCCCCAAAUCAAAUGUGAACAAAUAGCUAGAAGCAGAAAUAGCGAGAAGCGAAUCAGAUGCAAGAAGCAGUGGGAAAGAAGAAUGGCGAGAAUCAGAUGCAAGAAGUAAUGGGGAAGAAGAAGAGCGAGAAUCAAUGGCAGCAAGGAUGAAGAUGAUCGAUUUGGGAAAUAACCACAGCAAGAAAAAACUAUUGCAGGAAAUAACCAUUGCAAGAAAUAACCAUAGAGAGAGUUCUUACACACCCCAAGCACAAGAUUCCAUCUUUACUCUUGCAAAUAUGAAAUAGCCAUACAGGGAAUUUCUACCCACCACAACAGAAAGAAAGAUUGUUCUUUCUCUGGUAGAUCUUGAUUUGUUCAGAUUUCUCUGAUGAUUCAGCUUUCUUUUUUUAAAUAGGUUGUGUCAAAAUCAUUCACAUGACUUGCUUGAUGCACAAACUGCACUGAAUUGCCAAAGAGGUCAGUUUCUGAGAAAUUAUGACUGGAUCAGCAAAAACGGACAGUCUUGAGAAACCCUGUUCAACUGAAGGCUGGACCGUUGUUUUGCCUCGCCGUGCAAGGCCAAAGAAGAGCUCCUGCAAAACUAUUAAGGCCGAAGAACAAAAGCAAGAGCAACCUUGGACACCACAGGAUCUCAAAACAUACCCAGAAAGAGAAGAAAAGCUGAUGCAAAAGAUGCAAACCUGCAUUCAGAAACUAGAGAAGUCCGAGUUUUGGCUGACUUUCCUGAACCAAUUACAAACAAGUGAAACCUCAGAUAGGAUUGUGAAUGCUUUGGGCUCUGAAACAAAUAUGUGCAUGGUAAUAUAUGGUAUCGGUAGCAUUGAAUCAUAUGAACCGCCUAGAUUGCAGCUCAGCCUUGCAAUCCUGAUGAAACGAGAGUUUAGCUGGAUCGGGGAGAUGGAGGUGUUCGAUCCAAUCAUUUCCCUGACAGAAUCAAAAGUUCUGACAGCACUCGGGUGCUCCGUUCUAUCAAUCAAUGAGCAUGGCCGGCGCCAAGCCCUGAAACCUACACUAUUCUUCAUGCCACACUGUGAGGCAGAGCUGUAUGACAAUCUGUUGCAGGUAAACUGGAGAGUGGAUCUGCUGAAUCAUAUCGUUCUAUUUGGUAACAGUUUCGAGGCAUACGAACAUCACAUGUCAGUAUGCAAAGAUCUUACAUCUGCCAAAUCCAGAAAGCAUAUCCUAGCGGCGAGGAAGUUCUCCAAAGAGGUAGGAAUCCACUGUUCAGAUGAUUGUUUUCGAGCUUUCAAUGGCUCCAGUUGGCAUUUCUUUAGUCUUGAUUCAGAAGCAGCAUUAACGAAUUUAAGUCAUGAUUAAUGAUCUUAACUAGCAUUCUUAUGCUGAACAAGCCUUGACUCAGUUUUAAAGGAAGAAUUGCACUUUUUGUCUGAGUUAUAUAGGGUAGUAGUAGAUUUAGUUCAUGUGUUAUAUGUCAUAUAUUGUAUUUGAUUCUGUUUGGCAUACAUAACUUACAAGUUAGCUUAAAGCCGAACUUAUUUUGAAACUCUAUUUAGGAUAGGGUUUUAAAAUAAACUAGAAUUUUCA